AUGUUUUUUCAACUAGCGCUCUGCCUCGGGAUAUGGUUCACUGGCCUUGUAGUCCUGCUGUUGCGAAGCCAUCCGACGUUCUAUCCCGUGGCCAUGACAGGAGGCGUUCUGUGGUGCUCCGGUAACUGCCUCACUGUGUACAUCAUCAAGCAGAUUGGAUUGGGCCCAGGACUGGUAAUGUGGGGCACAGCAGCUCUCAUCAUCGGCUGGGUCACGGGAUUCUUUGGCCUCUUCGGCCUGCCCAGCGAGCAGAGCUGCCUGGAGAAGCCAUGGCUCAAUGUUGUUGGCGUUGUGCUUGCGAUGUGCGCGCUCGCAUUGAGCACGCUCGUGAGGAAGAGUACCCCGCAAAAGCCGCUGCCAAUCGAUGCUGGACGGGUGCCACCAACGAUCAACGAGGAUGUCGAAGAAAGCCCAGCGAGGGCUGCUGCAGGUCGAGCCAAGGCCCAACCUUUGUGUGUAAAUACGUAUGUAUGUACAUACGUAAGUAUGCAUGAUAAGAUCAGGACAUGCUACAAGACUACAUUUCAGAGAACGGAGGCUGAACCCAAAAUUUUCCAAACAUAG